AUGUCCGAUCUUCCGAGGGAGAUGGAGGAGGAGGUGCUGUCGAAGCUUCCGGUGACAUCUCUGGGAGAAGUACGAUCGACCUGCAAAAAGUGGAACAGCAUAACGAAAGGUCAUAGCUUUUUGAAGAGGCACAUGGGUGAAUCAGCAGAAGGAGCAUCAAAGAAGAAGCAGAAGCAAAGGAAGGGAAUUGAAAUCAAGGUGGUGAUGUUGCUGGAAAAGAGAGUGUCUUUGAUGAGCGUCAAUCUCCUCUAUCCAUCUAUAGAGCCUAUAGGUAAUAUCAACGCAGAUGGAGUCGACAUAUCUAAAAUCAUUCACUGCGACGGUUUGUUCUUAUGCAUCACUGAAGAGGAAAGCUCCUCUAGGGUUGUUGUGUUGAACCCUUAUCUGGGACAAACAAGGUGGAUCGAACCCAGAACUUCUUACCACAGAUUCGACAGUUACGCUCUCGGAUACGAUAAUAAGAAGAAGCACAAAGUCUUGAGAUUUGUGAAUGAUUACGACCCGAGAGUCAAGCACCGAGUUUGCGAGUUUGAAAUCUACAGUUUAGACUCUAACUCAUGGAAGCUUGUUGAUGUCGGUCCCGACCACGACUGGACCACUUCGUUUAUCUCCGUGGCUUGUCUCUAA